AUGGCAGGAGCGAGAGGUCGGGGAAGAGGAAGGGGGCGAGGUCGACCUAGGAAAAUACCUAUUGUAGCUUCUGGGAGCUCAGUUGGAGCUCGGAUUCAAGGAGAAGUAACACCUAAAAAUACACCAGAAGUAUAUUUGCAUGAUGAGGGAUACUAUGUGGUUCGAUUCAACUCUGUAACUGACAUGCAUGCUGUCUACUAUAAUGGACCAUACACUAUCAGUAAUCGACCUAUAAUUCUUAAGCCAUGGACAACAGAUUUUGAUUUCAGCAAAGAGUUUCCUUCUGAGAUUCCAUUAUGGGUGAAGUUCCCUAAUCUACCUAUGAACUGCUGGGGUAGUAAAUCAUUGAGUAGAAUUGCCAGUGUAUUAGGGACUCCUGUGUUUGCCGAUGAAUGUACCACAAAACAAUCAAGGAUUUCCUAUGCGAGAAUGCUUGUAGAAAUAAAUGUUAGUCGCCCACUCCCUAAUGAAAUUACAGUGAUUGAUCCAAAAGGGAAAUAUUUUCAACAACAGGUGACAUAUGAUUGGAAGCCAAAUUUCUGUGGAGUCUAUCAAGUAGUUGGACACAAGUGUAGGGAAAAGGAUGUGGAUGAUGGCCAGAAGGAAGUUCAACAUAGAAGAAAGAGGAACAAAACUGUCACACAGGAAUGGAGAUAUAAAGGUCAUGUGCAACCAGCUCUGCCAAUUGAGAAACAAGUAGAACAAAUUAAGGAGAAUAAGCAGCAGAUCCAGCAAGUAAAUGAGAAGAUGAAUGCUACUCCUGAAAAUAGAAUAGAAGAGCAAACAGGAAAGAAUAAAGGGAAGGCUAUUGAAAGUCCAGAGUUCAAUCUUCAAAACUUCCCCAUAUUCUGUUCUGUUCCUAUCAAAAAUGGUUUUGGAGUGCUACAUGGAGGAUAUAGUGAAGAACAAGACCUACCUCUAGACAGAGGGGGAGGAUCCAAGACCAUAUGA